AUGGACGCCGCGUUCGACCCCCCGCCCGCGCUCGAGAUGGAGAUGGAACCGCGCGAGCUCGUCCGCGGCGAAAGCGCGAAGGCGACGCGAUGCUUCACGACCGUGCUUCUGCGAGCGAUGCGCGCGUCCCGGGAGCCGUCGCUGACGCGCGAGGAGUCGAUCGCGUGGGCGUCGUACGUCGUCGUGAAGAUCGCGGCGAGGAUGAUACGCUGCCAUCCGACCCCGAGCGCGUUCGACGAGCUCUUGCGCGCGAUGGCGGCGACGCGGGUCGUCGACGCCGACGCCGCCGGCGACGGCGCGAGUUGGCGCGCGACGAGACGCGCCGCGGGCUGGCUCUUGUUGCGCGAGCUGCGGCGAGACCGCGGCGCGGAGACGAGGGCGUCGAGAUGGGCGAUGGAGUUGGCGACGCGAAUAGCGGCGGAGGGAGGUCCAGAGGAAGGAGGUGGGGGUGGGGUAGAAGGAGAACGGUACGACCGCGCGCGCGAGUACGAGAGAACGCUCUUCGGCUCGUUCGAGGUCGACGCGAGCGUCGACGCGGGCGUCCGCGCGUUUUUCUUCCUUUAG